UGAUGUUGAUACAAUACUAAUCGAAAAGCAACAACAAAUCUAACAAAAGCAUAUUAAGUUAUUGCAACAGACAAAGUACAAAUUAUCGCUUUAACUUCUAAAAAUGCCACUUACCUAUAGUGACGGUGAACCCAGAGAUUAUGAGGAAGCAGAGGAAAACUAUUUUCAGCAAAUUAAAAACAAGGCAGCAAAGAUCGGUUUUGCUGAUGGGGUUGCAGAUGGCCGAGAUAGUGUAUUUCAAAAGGGAUUCGAUUUAGGUUACAAGGAUGGAUUUCGAACCAGCUUCGAAAUAGAGAAAUUCCGCAAUUUCUUCAAAAAUAUAAACAAAAGCAAGUUGGAACCAGAUAAUUGUCUAUUGCGUGAAAAAGAAGAGUUCGACAAAAUGAAUUUGAAAGAAUCGACUUCUCCUGAUCACUUCCAAUAUACAAAACAUAAAGAUGAGUCCCUGACAUCCAUAUCGCAAAAACAAAACCAGUACAUUGACCAUGUAAUCGACGAAUGUGAACACACUUUGCCGAAUUCUGCAGCUUUAUUAAAGUGCCAAGCAAAAAGUACAAAUUCUGUCUAAUUCAUUAUCUUUUAAUUUUCUUCUUUAAAAAUGAAAAUUUUUGCAUUGUAAUAUUAGUAGUACAUGUAAAUUAUAUUUUGUAUUAAAUUUCUUCGACAUUUAUAAAUAAAGUCCCUCUGGGGUUCCUUCCUUUUUGCGAUACAACA